AUGAGGAAUCACACAGCAAUAACUGAAUUUCUCCUGAUGGGAAUACCCCACACAGCUGGGCUGGAAAGCAUACUCUUUGUCCUCUUUCUGGCCUUCUACAUGCUCACUCUCCCUGGAAACCUGCUCAUCCUUCUGGCCAUCCUCACCUCCUCCACCCUGCAUACCCCCAUGUAUUUCUUCUUGGGAAACCUAUCAGUGCUUGACAUAUUUUUCCCUUCAGUGAGUUCCCCGAAGAUGAUGCUCUACAUGACUGGGCACAGUCACACCAUCUCCUACCAGGGCUGUGCCUCCCAGCUCUUCUUCUACCAUUUUUUGGGCUGUGCUGAAUGCUUUCUGUACACUGUGAUGGCCUAUGACCGUUUUGCAGCCAUCUGUCACCCUUUGAGAUACACAGUCAUCAUGAGUUCGUGGGUGUGUGCCUCCAUGACCAUGGUCACCUGGAUGGGAAGCUGUCUGCAUGCAUCUGUCCUCACAUUCCUCAUCUUUAAGUUACCUUACUGUGGUCCCAACAAGGUGGACAGUUUUUUCUGUGACAUUCCUGUGAUGCUGCCCCUGGCUUGUGCAGACACCUCUCUAGCACAGACUGUGAGCGUCAUCAAUGUGGGUCUUGUUGCACUAGUGUGCUUCCUCCUUGUCCUCACUUCUUACACUCGCAUAGUGAUCUCCAUACUGAAAAUCCAUUCUUCUGAAGGCAGGCGCAGAGCCUUCUCCACCUGCAGUGCCCAUCUGACAUCAAUUCUGCUCUUCUAUGGCCCCGUGGUCCUCAUUUACCUCAGACCUGCCUCUAGCCCUUGGCUGGAUUCUGUGGUUCAGGUGUUGAAUAAUAUCGUGACCCCUUCCCUGAAUCCUUUGAUAUAUUCCUUGAGAAAUAAGGAGGUGAAGCUAGCUCUGAGAAAGGCAUUGACCUUAGGAGUGCACAGUCCCAGGGAGUAA